GUCUCGCCUGUAUGCUGCAGUUGGACGCCACUUCGCGAAUAGCGAACACGACAUCUGGUCCGCAGCGCCACGCCCACUCAGAGAGCUAAAGAUGUUGACGCUUCCUGACAUCAUCCGUAAGAAAAGAGACGGGGAGGAACUCUCCGAUGAGGAGAUAAAGGAGUUUCUAAACAUGGCGGUCGAUGGGAGAGCAGAAGACUGUCAAAUAGGUGCAAUGCUAAUGGCAAUAUAUCUGAAGGGUCUUACAAAGAAAGAAACAAUUAGUCUAACUACUUCAAUGAUUGAAUCAGGUGACAUGAUGCAGUGGGAGAAGGACUGGACUCUUGUGGACAAGCAUAGUACUGGUGGUGUUGGAGACAAAGUGUCACUUCCACUUGCUCCUGCUUUGGCUGCAUGUGGCUGUAAGGUACCCAUGGUUUCAGGCCGAGGCCUGGAAAUCACUGGAGGGACACUUGACAAACUUGAGAGCAUUCCAGGAUUCAAAGUAAAUCUCACUCAUGGUGAAUUGAAAGCAACUCUUCAGCAGGCUGGGUGCUUCAUUGCUGGACCAACAGCUCGUUUGGCUCCUGCUGACAAAGAACUUUACAAGAGAAGAGAUGUUACUGCCACAGUUGAUAGCAAUUCUUUAAUUAUUGGUUCCAUUAUUUCGAAGAAAGUAGCAGAGGGGACCAAAUAUCUAGUUAUGGAUAUUAAAGUUGGAAAUGCUGCAUUUUAUAAGAAAAUUGAGACUGCAAAAUUAUUAGGUGAAAAUAUGAUUGAGGUUGCUGAUGGCCUAGGAGUAAAGUGUCGAGUUGUACUGUCAAAAAUGGAUACUCCUAUUGGAAAGGCAGUUGGUAAUGGACUAGAAGUUGCUGAGGCCAUUGACUGCCUUAAGGGGAAUGGACCCUCAGACUUAAAUGAUCUUGUCACAACUCUUGGUGGUCUGUUAUUAGAAUCUUGUGGAAAAUCAAAAAGUUUUCAAGAAGGCAAAAACAUGAUUUUGCAAGUGCUUAAAAAUGGAGAAGCCCUCAACCGUUUUGAAAAAAUGUUAGUUUGCCAGGGAGUGUCACAAUCUGAUGCAAAGGAGCUUUGUCAUGGAAAUACAAAGUCUAUUCUGCCAGCAGCAGACAACGUGGAAAUCUUAAGAACCAAAUGUGAUGGAUACAUUACAGCCAUCAGUGCAAUGGGAGUGGGCAGAGUCUCUUGGAGCCUGGGUGCAGGACGUCAGAAAGCAGACCAGGCAGUGGACUUUGCUGUUGGAGUUCGCCUUUUGUGCACUGAAGGAGAUAAGGUUUCAUCAGGCCAGCCAUGGUGUGAGGUUCAUCAUCGUGGGAAACAACUUGACACAGCAUUAAGGCAGCAGUUAGAGGAAUCAAUAGUCAUAAAAAAUUCACCACUGACUGAUAAACAAAAAUCCCCAAUUCUUCAGAUAAUAUGAACCUGUGUAACUAUGUGAUCUCUCCCAUUGUUAUAAUACUAGCUAUGAGCUUUCCCAUAGCACUAUGUUUAAUAUCAUAGUUUCAAAGUUUCCAUAUUAUUGUAACUAACUAUGCCAUGAUUUUUUAUUUCUAAAAAAGUCAAAAGACAUAGUAGAAAUACCUUAGAAUGACUUAUGCAUAGUUCUUCUAUUUUGUAAGCAUUCAUUGAUCACAAACAAAUAUCAUUCUUUGUGAAUUUAUUUAUGAGUUAUAAAAUAUUUAUAGAAUGAUAUUUAUUUACAAAGCUAAUGGCCUUCCUUGACACCCACCAUUAGCUCAAAUACCUAAGAAAGGGGAUGACAAUAGAUUUUUAUACAUUUUAUUCUUUGUAAACAAGAUAUGCUUUCAAAAUUUCUUUCAUGAAAUGUACAUUACUUUCACUUUCUAAACAACUAAUUUUUUAGGUGAUUGCACUGUUUUAGCAGUUUUUGUGAUUACUUUCACUGCCAGAUAUCUUGUGUUUAUUCAAAUGGGGACAAUAUAUGUUCAACACCAUUAGUUAUAGUAAUGGUGACUAUUAUAUAUCUAAAGAAAAUGUGUGCUGUUCAUCUAGAUUUUGUGUAUUCUUUGCUGAGAGAUAGUUUCACUACAUGAGAUAAUCUUAUGCAUGUUAUAGUUCUUAUUUGUAAAAAUAAAUAUUUCUUGUUUUUCUUCUUA